UUAGCUUCGUCCCCUAUGUAAUGCAAUGCAGAGUAUUUUUACUCUCUCAACCGCCGGUGGUUACUCCCACUCAUCGCCGACACCAAGCAAGCAAGCUGCAUUGGCCCGCCCGCGAUCUACAUGUGCAGCAACGAAUCGCGACUCUCACGCACAGGCGCAAGUACAGCAGCUAGAUCUCGAUCGCACGCAAGCCAAAUGUCAACGUUGACACGCCUCAUCGCCGCCAUCCUCCUCUCGGCCGCCGUCGUCGUCGAGCCACUAGUCUUCGACGUGCCGUCAGGCAGCUCAAAGUGCCUCACCGAGUUCCUAGGCCGCGGCGGGCACUCCCACGUGUCGUACCGCGUGGCGGAGGCCUCCAGCCGCUCCGCGGUCUCGAUGCGCGUGACGGGGCCGGACGGCGAGGAGCUGCACCUGACGGAGGGCGUCGAUGGAGCUGGAGAGUUCAUGUUCGAAGCGGCGGAGGGCGGGAGCUACAUCGCCUGCUUCUGGACUCCCCACUACGAGCGCCGCGCCAUGGUCUCCGUAGAUGUGCAGUGGAACGCCAACAUCCGUGCCCCACACACCGAGGGACCCCUCAUCACCUUCCUCCGCGCCCGCGCCGAGGGACCCCUUCCCGCCGUCAACCUUGCCACUGCCAAGAAAGGAAGCACUGAUUAUAUCGCAGAACUGAAGAACUUGGAGGAUUCUGCUCGACUCAUACAUGAAGAGAUGAUUUCUCUCGGCGGGAGAGAAGGUGAGAUGCAGAGGCUCAACGAGAGCACCGCAGUAAGAAUUUGCUCGUUCACACUGAUGUCUCUGGCGGUCUGCGCCGGGGUUGCCGCAUUGCAGCUGUGGCAUCUAAAGGCUUUCUUUCAGAAACUACGUAUACUCUAGAACUUCGAGCAAAGUGAAAAGGAUGCUCCCUUUUUUCACAGCAAAAGGAUACUCCCUUAACUGACCAUGUAAUCAAGGUUAGAACAUUGUUGUAGAUCCCGUCAUGUAUGUGUGCCCCCUGAACGUCGAUGUCCUUGUUUAAGCACAAUAUUCAGGAAAGCUACCAUUCCAUUCUGAAACGUACGCUCCGUUUCGAAAAAAAAUGUGGAACCUACGUAA